AUGACGCCGCCAUGGCUUCUGCUUCUCCUUCUUCUGACGACGUCGGACGCGACGACGAUCGUCCGAAGGACCGUCGAAGGCUCGCCGACGGAGACGAUUCUGAAGUGCGGUCCGGCCGAGUCCUUCAUCAGGACCCACAUGGCGCCAGACUUCGAGACGCCGCGUCUCGUCCGUCGUCUCGACUGGUUCCACGACGAUUCUCUGGUCGCCACCUACCAGCAGGUCCGUUUUCUCUUCCUUUCCUUCUAUUUGAUUUUGUUUCUGUUCAUCAUAAUUUUUUUUCAACAUUUUGAAACGAAAAUUUUUUGAACAGUUUCGCUGACCGGUGUGAGAUCUCUUUUCUCUCAUUGACGAGAGAGAAGAGAGUACAGACAAGUCAGAAUUUUUACAUAGCGUGGUGGAAAACUGUUUAAUAUUUUCUGGAGAUAUUUUUGAUCUGAAUUCUUUUUUUUCAUCUUGGGAAAAAGUAUAUUACUUUUUGGCAUCAAAACAUUUAAAACUUAUUUUCUGAAAAUUGAACAAUUUUCAUGUCGUUUUAACCUCAUUUCUGUCUCUCUUGAAUUUAUCUUUUUCUUUUUCUUUUCCUACUUUUUUGACAAAAUUUCUUUCCUUUUCUCUCAAGUUUUGAAUCUUUUUCUGUGAGUUACUCAAACUAUGCUAUUUUUUGCAUUUCCGAGUUCGUUUCCUUUUUUACAUUCAUGCAAACUUCCUGAACUCGAUUCUAAUUCGAUUAGAAUGUUCUGAAACAUCUUUUGCGUCAUUUUCCUUCCUUUUUUGUCACGAACUCCUGAGUCGGAACUUUUUCUCUUUUUCAACUUCAAAAAAAAAAAAACUUUAUUAUGUGAGCUUUUCAGUGUCACAAUGGGACGUGUUCCUGCGGUUCAGCGCAUCUUUUCAAAAAAAGAGAAGAAAAAAACAUUUUCUUUUUACAAAUUCACUUCUUUUUGAGGUUUUCGUUCCAACCACAUAAUGUGAUAGGUGCAACAACUGCCACCAAAAAAAUUCAAUUUUCUGGCGCGAAAACGAACUUUGCCUUUUUUUCGUGGCUUUUCAUUUCGGAACAAAUCGAAAAAAAGCGAUAGAUAGGUUGAGCAAAAAAAGCAACUUGUAUGUAGGAAAUAUUUAGAAAAAUUUUUCAUCAUUUCUGUUUGCACUGAUUUUUUUCUUUCAAAAUUUACCCUAAAAUUUCACCAAGUUGUCCUGGAAACUUCCAUUUUUACGAGCGACUCCAAAAAAAGCUGAGAAGGGUGGCGGUUUGAGCAAAAAAAGAAAAACAUAAAUUUUCCUACUACCUUCAUUUUGCUAUAGUGUAUCCAGAAAAAGCAAAAAAAAACUCCACUUGAUCCAAUUUCACUUUUUGUUUAAUUUUGCAAAACUCUUAAUUUACGGAUUCAGCACAUUAAACGAUUUUUCGAUGUAUUUUGCAAUAUAAAAUUGAUAAGAGAUUUUAUUUUCAUUUUUCGUGCUAUAAAAGAUUAUGUGCUCGUAAAUCUUAAAUAGUUUCUGCGCUUUCAUACUGACCAUAUCUGCGCCCGACCUUGAGCGACUUUGCUUUUAUUAAGACUACUUGAAGAGGGCACUAAAGUGGCCACUAAGACCACCUUUCGAGAAACCACUAUUUUGCGUUUCAGCGGCCACCAGAGUAAUUUUUUUAGUGUUGUAGUCAUCUGGUAGUACCCUCUAGACUCUCAGAGACGCCACUAGAGUUCAGUCACUUAAGAGGUCACUAAAACGCAGAACAUUAAAGUGGCUACCAAAAGUUUUCCCAAAACCUUGCCUUUUCCAAAUUCUUUACGGUUCCCAUGGGCCGAAAUGGAUAAUCUUUGCUCCUCUGAGAAGUUUGCUGAUCCGUAGACGUAUGUUUCUAAAAAGGGACAUGUUAAACGAGGAUUCCUUGGCCUGCCAAUUGCCCUUUCGCGCGUUCCAAACGGAGAGAACCUUUUUGAAAGUCGCGUGGCGUUUCCGCAUCAGUUGCUCUCCACUCAUCUAUUUGGUUAAGCUUCGUCGUCUUUCCCCUGUUUUGAGCCUUUUGCCGGCCCAUUAGGCCGAGAUUCGCUCCAGUUUUUGGAGGCCCAAUUGACGGCAACUACGUCCCAAGGUAUUGAUGGACUUGGAGAGAAAGAAGAAAAAAACAGCUCCUUUCGCUAGGUUUUUUGGGGCUUUUUUUGGAAGGUUGAAUGGAGAAAUGGAAUUUAUUUUGGUCUUUAUGGAGUUAUUGGGUUGAGAAUUCGAGAAGUGUUCAGUUCUCCCUUUUUAAAAAGCUGAAAAGUUGAAACGGCCCAAUUUUUUUCGAAAGAAUUUUGGUUGAUUUUAAUUUUAAAAAAAAAAGCAGGAAAGUUAUGGGAGCCUCAAUUUUUUGCCCUUUAAAGAUGUUUCAGUUUGGAGCAGAUCUUUUUAAUUUUUUGAAUUUUUUGACUAUUUUUUUUUUCAUUUUUGAAGGAAUAGUGCAAAUUUCAAGUCAUAAUAAUUCACACGCAACGAUAAUUAUGACACAAGAACGCAUAAAAAUUAGUUCCGCUCAUUUUUUAUUGGCGAAAUCAUCAAUUUUGAGCAAUCCAAUGGGACCAAUCCUCAAAAUAUCUAUAAAAUAACGCCAGUUGAUAAUACCCUUCUCAUUUAUUCAUUCAUUUUAAUUACUCAAAAGAAAGCUCGGAAAAAAAUUCUGAUAGGCAGCGUUUUCAUAUUUUGCAUCAUUCGGUGGACAGUCUAACGCGUCUGCGCUCUCUUUUGCAUUUCCUAUUUCUCCUGCGUAUCUGACCAUGCUGCUGAGGGAGAAGAGAGCGCAGACAUGUCAGACUGUCUCAAAGCGACGGAUGAAGUCUUUAUUUGGAAGUUUCUUUUUUUACACAUUUCCAACUCAAUCCUUCCCAAAAUAUUGACGAACACUUGGCGGAACGGAAACAAAAAAAAACAUGUAAUCCUGGUCUCCAGAUUCCGUCAUGAAACUCCAAAAACCAGACCCGUUCUUUUUCCCCGAACCAACUCGAGGGAAAAAGAGAGUUGAGCGGCGAUUUCGGCGGUCGGACGGCGGUGCUUCAUCAUCCAGCACAUCAUCUAAACGACUCUCGCACGCUCAGGAAAUACUAUUUGAAGCCGUGGCUCUCCCUUCGACGGCUCUUUCGUCUGAUUUCGGCAAGUCUCGACGUGCUCCGUCAAGUUCGAACCUGCGACCCCCUGACACUUUCAGAGACGCGGAAAAGUGUUUCUAG